AUGGAGACGAGGGUAAAGUCGGUUAUCUUGGCUGAUCAUAUUCUUUCCACUACCCCGACCAGUGUCCUCUUCAACAAGGUCUUUGAUGAGCAAUGGGUGUUUUUCCGUGACCUCAGCAUGGAUGAGAACUACCUCGAAUUGGUGGAUACAACUCAAGAUUUGGCAAGAUUCCCUAGACAGACAGAUCAUAGUGACUGGCCGCCUUGGGCUAAAUGGUCUUGGAGGCACAUUCAUCUUUCAAAGGACAUUCAUGAAUCAUGGAAGAUACUGGAAAUCAGCCUGGAAAGACUUAAAAAGGCCAAUAUUUCCAAUGCAACAUCAGUCAUCUCUGUUGUGUUGGGAUUGGGUUUGCUCUUCAGGGAGUGUAAACAGGUGAUUGAGUAUGAGGAAGAUGAGGCCCCUUUAGAUACCCCUGCCUACCUUGCCAACUCCGUCUUCAAUAUCUCAUUCUUGCAUCUCUUGGAGGAGGCAGUGCCUGAAGUCUUGUGCUUGUAG